UAAUUUAAAAAGUAUAAAACGACGUCGUCUGUUUAGAGAUAGAAAACGACAUCAUUUGGUUCAAAUUAAUCAUGUUACUCCUAACUCCUGCCUGCUAAAAAUCCCCUACUUCAAAACCCAAGCAACAGUGGCCGGAAACAAAUCUAUCCAGGUCGCCAAUGGAGUUCUGCCCGACUUGUGGGAACAUGCUGCAGUUUGAACUGCCCCAUAUGGGACGCGCUGCAAGAUUCUAUUGCCCGACCUGCCCUUACGUAUGCUACUUAGAGAACAGGGUUAAGAUAAAGAGAAAGCAACACUUGGUCAAGAAAGAUAUUGAACCUAUAUUCUCCCAAGAUGACUUGAAGAAUGCCCCCAAAGCUGAAGUAACAUGUCCAAAAUGUGGUCAUGGUAUGGCUGCGUACAAGACAAUGCAAACUCGAUCUGCUGAUGAGCCGGAGACAAUACUUUAUGCUUGCUUGGGGGAUUACUGUAGGAAUACUUGGCGUGAGUAAUGCUCUCGUCAUGCCAACAAUAUUUCACUUGCAAAGGAGAUUUUUGCAUUUUCCUUCUUGCCAUGGUACUAUUUAGUUGCACCAAUUUUGACCUGUUUGCUGCGUGACAUUUCUAGGAUUUCCUCCUUUUGGUCUUAUACCAGCUUUGUUUGUUCUUCAUAUUUUCCAUACUGUUGAGGCUACAAAGUUGAUUGUUAUGUGUGGCUUGACAAUGCAUUUGUUUUUAAUGAGGAAUUCAAGGCUCAUUUAUUCUAAA